GCCCUCCAACAACGUUAACACAAAUGAGCGGUCUUACUAUUGCGCAGAUUAUCGAGCAGCUUCAUGAACUGCAGGACUAUGUGUCCUCGGUGAUGAUAGUGACGGCGUUUGAUGUCGUUGGCUCAGCGCUCUACAUAUACGACUACUUCCUCACGCUUGACUUGGAGGUAGAAUUGGUAUGGCCGUCAAAAUGGGGCGCCAUGAAGGUGCUUUUUCUUGUUCAAAGAUACCUGCCUUUUCUUGACACAGUAUCCCUCUGCCUCGUCCAUCAACUUGCGGCAGAUAUCAGUCCAUCAACUUGCUAUUUCCUUUACAGCUUCCGUGGGUACCUGAUCAUCACGGGGUUCCUCCUUUCCGAAGUGAUUCUAACUUUGCGAGCAUGGGCGGUGUGGAAACGAGAGAGGAUUUUGGGGUACAACCUUCUCUUUUUUAUUGUGGCUACAUAUGCGGGCUGCACUGCCGUCAUGGCGCUUUUCCUCAAGGAUUUAAAACGUGAGCACGUCUUCCCGUUAACUUUACGACGACAUCUCAUUGCGGUACUCACCCCGGUACCAGCGUUGUCGAUCAUCAAUGUUGCGGUGGUCAAUACCCUUCCGGCAAGCCACAUCAACUACGUUAAUCUCCUAGCGGCUGUGGAAAGAGUUUUACAUUCAAUGCUUGCGAGCAGGGUGCUUCUUCACAUACGUGCUGUCAUGUCGAAAGAGCGCGUGCCCUGGUCGGAUGGGCUGACGGAAAUUCAGAUUCCAAACAGAAGUGCCGGGGUUGUCUUCAACCAACGUCCGUCGGGAGAGGGAAUUAAACAAUAUAACACCCCAGAUUUCUCUUUUAGCACAUGUGAAUUUUUUUGA